CACAACCCGAGAACAUCCGCCGCCCGUUGCGCAAUUCGACGAGAAAACCCCACAGCCUGCACCUCGGGGACGCCGGCGCGGAGGGAUGGAGUGCCACGCCCUACAGUGAUUUCUCCCCCGCUCCGAUCCCCGGCGCAUGACCGGGUCGGCUGGCCUAUGCAUCGCAGCAGGAGUUGUCGUCGAUUGCCCCUGCCUGCCCCAGUUAAUCCCGCCCGGUCGCAAUCCAGCAUUAGAGGCGCCGAUCUCCUGCCCCGUCCUGCCCUGUGGAUUAUCGACAGCGGCGCCGGAUACCACGGAAGAGAAGGAAGACAAGGAAGGGGCCGAAACUAACUUGCUUGUGCCGGGGCAAGGACGAGAUCGAGGGCAGCCGAGCCGGUACCCGAAACUCUAGGCGAGGUUCCCACAAUAGAAGUAUACCCAAUGGAUCGUGGAGGUUCUCAAAAGAAAAGACAUAAAUCUGUUACAAAUGUUGACAUCAUCAGUAAUCUACCUGAUGUUAUUAAAGACAAAAUUCUCUGCUGUUUGCCAAUAAAAGAAGCUGUAAGAACAUGUCUCUUGUCAAGGAAAUGGAGGUACACAUGGGCUUCAAUGACUGAAUUGAUGUUCAGAGAAGAUGAUUUUGCUUUAGGCAAUGGUAAUGAAGACGGUGACAGCGACAGAUUUGUUUACUUCGUCAUAACGUUUCUCUCCCUCCAUGAUGGCCCUAUUUUGAAGUUUGAAAUGAAUGCUCGACGGGUUCACAUGUUUUCUCCUGGAGGACACAUCCACAGGUGGAUGCUUAUGCUGUCAAGAAAUGGAAUAAAAGAAAUUCAAAUUAAGACAAGGAUAUGGAGGAAUUACAAAAUCCCUUCUUCUUUCUUCUCAUGCGUGGAAUUGGAAUAUGCUUGCCUGCAAGGAUGUAUAUUCCAGUUGCCACCUCUGUUUGCAGGCUUUAAGCGGAUGCGUACCCUUCAUUUCGUUGAGUUCUGUGCAACGGAAAACAAUAUUGGGGAAUUAGUAGCGAGCUGCCCGAACUUGGAGGAACUUAUUCUCUCCAGGUUGCUCAGCUUUGCUGAUAUCACCAUCCACUCAACAAAGCUCAAAGUCCUAAGAGUUGAUGGCAUGUUUAAACAUCUCAAUCUUGUGACGCCGCACGUCUCUUCAGCAGUGAUUAACCUGCAAGUUAACACUGGUUAUGUCAAAAGGGCUGGGUCCAACUUUAAUCUUUCCCAAUUCAUUGGUUCUCUUUUGGAUAUUGAAAAUAUUUCAUUGCUCGGGCACGCUUUUGAGUGUGCAGCACAUGGAAUCGUGCCUGGUAAACUACCGAGAUCGUUAAAUCGGCUGACCGAGAUAACCCUGGAGCUUGACCUUGGUAACCUGAAGGAAGCAAACGCGGCUCACUGUUUGUUUCAAAUUGCUCCCAACUUGCGACGCAUGGAGCUACAGCUUAUGCACAGGGGCUAUUCUGCACCCACCUCGAGUUUCUGGGACUCGGUUGAUCGUCAGGAUUGUCUCUUCAAGAACCUUUACACAGUUGUCAUGAACAACUUCACUGGUUCCUGUGCAGAGUCAGGCUUCUUGAAACUUCUGCUCGAUGACGCGCCUGUACUUAGAAGUGCGCGGAUAGAAGACAACAACAAACUGGACAAAGAAUCCCUCAAACGCCUCCUGAAGAUGAGAAGAGCAUCCAAGGACGCAGAAAUAAUCCUCCUUUGAGGCGUGGUCCCCUGGCUCCAGUAGAUGCCCACUGUUCUUUCCUGGUGAAGCGAUUUGGUCUGCUGUGUUAUAGGUUUUAUUCAACUAGGCGUUUGGGCACAACUUCGUCUGAACAAAAGUUGUGUCUUCGCGUAUACCUGUGUUUCAGUGUGUCACCUUCAGC